AGCCUUUGCUUUUGUUUACAAUUGAAAUAUUUAAAAAAUUACAUUAAACAACCGCUUUAACUCAAAUGUGGCCUCCCGGGAGCGAGGAUACCUGCUUUUCAAACAUGGACUACAGCAAGAACGUGGUGAACAUCCUGCCCAGCGUGGAGAUGCUGGUCAGCUUCAACGGUGACAUGACGCGGUCCAAUAAGCGAGCAUGUUUACUGUACGCGGAGAGGAUUGAUUUUAAGGAGCUGCUGCAACUCCGUUUGACGGAGAAAUCCGAUCAAAGACGUAUGUACAUCACCACCGUGGACAGCUCCUCCUUCCAGGAUCUCAAACAAGAUCAAUCACUGAAUGUAACAUUCUCGGGGUUCAUGGACAAUGUAGUGCGUAUGCUGAAGGACUGUCAGUCUGGCAAACUGGAGCUGCACUUGUCUGGAAGGGAUCAAAAUCUCUCAUCUGGAAGAGAAACACAUGACUAUCAUCUGCAGUUUGUGGAAAUAAGAUCUUUCAAGAACUUGGUCCAUCUAAGCCUGCCCUGCCGUUCUGCACCUUUAAACACCGUACUCUUCUAUAUAAACAUCAUGCUAGAUACCUCCCACAAAAAACAAUAUAUGCUGGAACAGAAUUUACAGCAAAUUCAAGUAGAAAUGAACUCACAACAUUCGCAAAUGGAAAGAUUAAGCACAGAAAACAGCAAACUCAGAGAAGCCUUAGCUGAGAAUACUCGCAUCCUCGAGGAAAAGCAUACCACAGAGAUCCAGCAGUUCCAGGAAAAGCUGGCCAAGGUUAAUGAGCAGCGCAGUAAUGAACUAGAGAGGAAUCGUAGAGCGAUCUCUGGCAUGCAGGCGCAAAUGGAAAAGGCUUGCCUGGAUAAAGCUGACCUAAAAUCAGCCCAAGAACAAGCCGAAAAACGUUCUCAAACCCUGGCAGAGGAGUUGUCGUUUUGCAAAUCACGGGUGUGCACUUUAAAGGAGCAGAACGACAAACUGCACGGCGAUCUAACCAAUGCCAAGAAACAGGAACGCAAGUUGGAGUACAAGAUUGAGGACCUGAAGCAGCACACAGCCGAGCUGCAGGAACAUAUUCAAAAGGGUAACAAGGAAAAGGCAAACAUAUCCGCUGAACUAGAGGCCGAAAAGAAGAUCCUGCACACCAAGCGACAGGCUUUGGAAAUGGCAUCUGAGGAAAUCUCCAAGGCCAACCAGAUCAUUCUCAAACAAAGCCAGGAGCUGCUAAAUCACAAGAAAACUAUUGCCUGGCGAACUGAGGUAGCUCUGCAGCAAGAGAAGGCUGUUCAGGCCAAGGAGAGUCUACUAUCCCUACGCGAAGAUGAACUACGUCAGGCGCGAAUAACUAUUGAAAAGCUGCGUGAAGAAAUCCCCCAGCAGCUGCAAUCUAUGCGUCUCUUUGCUCAGGGCCUAGAGCAGAAGUAUUCCAAACAGAUCCUCAUUUUAAAAGAACGAUUAUCCAUACCCACUGGCAAGGAAAAUCGUCGCUAGUGUUACUUAUUGUUAGUGCAUUUAUCGUUUUUGUACAAGUUUAAUAAUAUAGUUGUCUUGUUCGGAUCUAGUCAUAA